AAUGAGUCAAGAAUCGACCCACGGUCAAUACGUUUCGGAGCCGGAGCACGUGAGCGUGCACACGGUGAACACCGAGGGUUCAAGUUUCACGCCUCCGGGUGACGGAGGGCAACAGCAGAAUCAACCUGAGCCGGCGGGACAGCCACCAGCUGUACCACCGCCAGUCGUACCACCUCCAGUGAUGCCACCGUUGGCGAUACCGUCGGUGGCCUACGAGCAGAUGUUCCCGGCCAUGAUGGCCCAUUAUAUGCAGCACAUGGCGCAGUUUAUGCCUAUGUUCCAGCCACCGCCACCACCACAGCCGCAGCCGCGCAUCGUUACCUUCAAGACGUUGAAGGAUAACGGAGCGGAAGAGUUUCGAGGAGACAAGAUGGGGGAGCCCCAGAUUGCAUUGGAUUGGCUUGAGCAGAUGGACCGGGUACUCAAGAAUUUGAGAGUCCCAGAUGCUGAUCGCUCGGAGUUGGCGUCACAGAUGUUCCGGAAGGGAGCAUAUGAUUGGUGGAAGCGCAUUGACCAGGAUCCACACACGCCCAAGCCAUGGACCUGGGAUCGCUUUGAUCGAGCCUUCA